CUGCUGUGCCAACUCCGAGACUCAGCUGAUCCCUGGCCUCCAUUGGUGUUUCUGCAGCUUGGGGCUUCAACUCUUAAAAGACGAAAAUGGCUGCUCGUAGAAUUGGUUCAACUGCUAUUGACUGGGCGGCCUUUGCUGCUCGUGUUCCUGAAGGUCAAAAGCCCAUGUUUAACGCCUUUAAGGGAAAAUCUGAUGCUUAUCUACGAAGAGUUUUAUCACUUCCUGAGACUACCCCCAAGAUAAACUUCGAUGCUUAUAAAGCGCGUAUUACAGUUCCUGGCAUGGUUGAACAAUUCCAGAAACAAUAUGAGGCCUUGGAAGUUCCCUACCCAGCUGACACUGUUUCUGUACAGAUAACAGAAGUUGAGACAAAGGCUGCAGCUGAAGUUGAAGUCUUCAUCAAAGAAAGUGAAGCUCGUAUUGCCAAGCUGAAAGAAGAACUUGUUCAAUGGGAAAAGAUGAUUCCAUUCAACCAGAUGACCUUGGAGGAAUUUGUGGAACAGUUUCCUGACAAGGCAAUCAACUUGGAGAACCCAACCCUGUGGCCACACACUCCUGAGGAACAGCCUGGUUAUGUAGCAAAGGAAGUUGCUGAGGCAUAAGGUGAACUGCAUCUGCAGUCUUUUAUAGGUUGACAUUUCUUUGAAUUUAGUAACCAUGUUCAGAAAUCUUUUUCCAUAAAACAUCCUAAUGUUGUAAAUACUUCCAUAUGUAUAUGUUCUUUUUAUUCAGGAAAUCCACAAAAUAAAAUAUGUACCAUC